AUAAAAUUGAUGCCUAAUCAAUAUGAAUCGCAACAGUAUGAAGUAGUGUGGACGUGAUCGUAGUCUUGAAGAUGGAUACAUGAUCGAUUUUUGAAUAUAAUUCAUGAAUUAAUACGAUGGAGAAUACGAACGAUAAAUUUUUUUAUGUCUAUAGUUCUUCAUUAGAUACCAGAAUACAAGUCAAGAUAGGUACAUUAGAGGGCAAAAGACAUAGACCGGAAUACGACGAGCUACUUUUAGAUCCUUUACUCAAAUAUUCGGGUUUGUACGAGAGUGGUGGGAUUCGUGGAGAUCUAGCUGCAUCUUUGCAGGUAUGGGCUGGUGGUAGACCUUUGGCCCUACCUGUACAUACAACCUACAAACACUUUACUACACGCUGGAACUGGAAUCAAUGGGUCUAUCUACCAAUUUCCUAUACGGAUUUGCCACGUGACGCCCAGCUGUGUAUAACCUUAUAUGACUGUGCAGGACCUGGUAGACAGCUUCCAGUAGGUGGUACGACUAUAUCAUUAUUUGGUAAGCAUGGAGUGUAUCGACAGGGCAUGCUCGAUCUUAGAGUAUGGCCUGGGAUAGAAGCCGAUGGUAGUGUUCCAACUAGUACUCCAGGGAAAGCCAGAGAUCAUGGGAAAGAACAGAUGCAGCGGCUUGCAAAGCUGGUUAAAAAGCAUAGAAACGGGCAAAUAAACAAAAUUGAUUGGCUGGAUAGAUUAACUUUCAGAGAGAUUGAAUUAAUCAAUGAAAGGGAAAAAAGAGCAUCGGAAUACUUGUACUUGAUGAUAGAAUUUCCAGAAGUAACGAUGGACGGUGUACCGUAUUCAAUUGUAUAUUAUGAAAAAGAUGGCGAUGAGGUUUUUCAACAUAGAUUACAGCCAGACGUUGUGACACUUCCUGAUUAUGAAAUUUUACAAGAGAAUCUUGUGGAAGCAAAACAUCAUAAAUUGGCGCGCAGUUUACGUAGCGGCGGCAAUACUCGCGAAUUAAAACCUACCUCGACUGUACGGGAUGCCUUGAAUACGAUAUUGGGAUAUCCCCCGACAACCGCACUUACUACUGAGGAACAAGAUUUAAUUUGGAAAUAUAGAUUUUACUUGUCUAGUCAGAAGAAAGCGUUGACCAAGUUUGUUAAGUGCGUUAACUGGAAAGUUGCCGGUGAGGAACGCCAGGCUCUGGAAAUGCUAGCUUUAUGGGCUCCACCGGAUUCCGAGGAUGCUUUAGAAUUAUUAGGACCUGCAUUUACUCAUCCGGCUAUUAGAAGAUAUGCGAUUAGCAGGCUUAAUCAAGCUCCUGACGAUGAUUUAAUGUUGUACUUGUUGCAACUAGUACAAGCGUUAAAGUAUGAAGAUUUUGAAAGCAUUAAGAUUGCUUAUCAAGCGAUGUUGAAGGAGAAAGAAGAAAGAGUAGAAUCAAAAAAUUGGAGCACUGAAAAACUUGAGAAAAGCGAAAGAUUGGAAAGAACGGAGAAACUAGAGAAAACUGACAAAUUAGAGAAAGACAUAAGAAGCAGCGAUUCUACAUCUACCCCGAUUACAACUUCUAGUGAAUCAGAGAGUCAACUAUCAACGAGCCAAGAACCGCUUAUGGAUCUAGCAUCGUUUUUAAUUACUCGCGCUUGUCAGAAUUCAAUGCUGGCUAAUUAUUUCUAUUGGUAUCUCUCUAUCGAAUGCGAGGAUCAGACUGAUCCUGCGAUAAGCGCUAAGCAAGAUACGCGAGUUAGGGAAAUGUACGUUACCGUAAUGAAAAUGUUUUCCAUGAUGUUAGCGCAGGGGAAUACCAUCUGGCAAAAAAGAAGAGCAUUCCUCUUACGACAGAAAGUGUUCAUCGAUCAAUUGGUAUUUCUGGUAAAAGCGGUGGCGCGAGAAAGUGGAAAUCGGAAGAAAAAAACUGAUCGAUUGAGAACGUUACUCACUGAUCCAGAUCCGGCGUUCAAGAUUAAUUUCUCGAAUUUCGAGCCGAUACCUUUCCCUUUGGAUCCUGAAAUUUGUAUCAAGGGAAUUAUGCCGGAAAAAGCAAGUCUUUUCAAGUCUGCGCUCAUGCCAUCGAAACUCACAUUUUUGACGACAGAUAAUACCGAAUAUAUUGCCAUCUUUAAACAUGGAGAUGAUUUACGACAAGAUCAAUUAAUUUUACAAACAAUAGCGCUUAUGGAUAAAUUAUUAAGAAGGGAGAAUUUGGAUUUGAAACUAACUCCGUAUAGAGUACUCGCAACAAGUACCAAGCAUGGUUUUGUACAGUUUAUCGAAUCUACAACGGUUGCGGAAGUUUUAGCUAGCGAAGGCUCAAUAUUGAAUUUCUUUCGGAAGCACCAUCCUUCUGAAACUGGACCUUACGGGGUAGUACCUGAAGUCAUGGACACCUACGUUCGCAGUUGUGCUGGUUAUUGUAUAAUUACGUAUGUAUUGGGUGUCGGCGAUCGUCACUUGGAUAAUCUGCUUCUCACAGCAUCAGGCAAACUCUUUCACAUCGAUUUUGGCUACAUUUUGGGUAGAGAUCCAAAACCUUUGCCCCCUCCAAUGAAGCUCAGUAAGGAAAUGGUCGAAGCUAUGGGCGGAAUCGGUUCCGAACAUUAUCAUGAAUUCCGAAAGCAAUGUUACACGGCAUUCCUACAUUUGCGUAGACAUGCCAAUCUGAUAUUGAAUCUGUUCUCGCUGAUGGUAGACGCCAGUGUGCCCGAUAUCGCCUUGGAACCGGAUAAAGCUGUGAAAAAGGUCCAAGAUAAAUUGCGAUUAGAUUUGAGCGAUGAAGAGGCUGUGCAUUAUGUGCACACUCUUUUAGAUUUGUCGGUCACCGCGGUGAUGGCUGUACUAGUAGAACAACUCCACAAAUUUGCGCAAUAUUGGAGAAAGUAA